GAAGAACCUGGUUAUUGGGUUUAUCUUUCCACUUAUUUUUCUUAUCUGAUCUUAAUUCUACUAGGUCAUAUUCGUGAUUUCUUUGGAAAACGUUUCAAAUCUGAAGCAUUUCAACACUUGAUGCCUCAUAAUGGAUAUGCAGCCUUAAAUUCAGAUUUCGAUUCAUUCUAUACUCGUCGAUUAAAAGCUAGAAUGGAAGAUUGUUUUGCUAGACCAGUUACCGGUGUAGCAGGUCGAACCAUCACACUUAUUGAACGUACAACAGAUGAUCAUUGUGAAACUUUUCAAUACACUGGCAAUACCAUCCAAGCUUUAAACAUCUCGUCAUACAACUAUUUAGGAUUUGCUCAAUCUAAAGGAUUUGUAAAUUCAUCAGUAGAAGAUAGAUUGAAAACCUAUGAUGUCUCUACUAGAUCAGAAGCGGGUUUAUCACCAUUACAAAUCCAAUGUGAAAAAUUAAUUUCAAAUUUCUUAGGAACAGAAGAUGCCUUAUUAGUUUCACAAGGAUUUGCAACCAAUUCCACUACGUUUCCUGCUUUAGGUUCAAAAGGAACUUUAAUCAUUUCAGAUGAAUUAAAUCAUUCUUCGAUUCGAUUCGGUUCUCGUUUAUCGGGUGCAAUGGUUCGACAAUAUAAACAUAAUGAUAUGGUAGAUUUAGAGAAAUUACUUAGAGAAUCCAUUAGUCAAGGUCAACCUAGAACUCAUCGACCUUGGAAAAAGAUUGUGGUCGUCGUCGAAGGUAUCUAUUCUAUGGAAGGUACUGUGGUUAACUUACCGAAGUUGUAUCUGCUUAAAGCGAUUUACAAGUUUUAUCUGUAUGUCGAUGAAGCUCAUUCUAUUGGAGCAUUAGGGCCCAGAGGUAGAGGUGUUUGUGAUUACUUUGGAUUGGACCCAGCCGGUACAGAUAUCCUAAUGGGUACUUUUACAAAAUCUUUCGGAGCCAGUGGAGGAUACAUUGCAGGAUCACAUUCUACAAUCCAAAGUUUACGACACCAAAACCAUUCAAUGAUUUAUUCAGAAGCCAUGUCACCUGUAGUCUUACAACAAAUCAUUUCAUCUUUAUCUUUAAUCAUUGGAAACCAACAAGUGUCUAAACAGAUCGGAGAACUUGAUGAAGGUCAAGAAAGGUUAAGAAGAUUAGCUUUUAAUGCUAGAUAUCUUUCGUCUGGUUUAAGAAAACUUGGGUUUAUUGUUUAUGGAAAUCGUGAUUCACCUAUUAUUCCAUUACUUAUUUUUCAUCCAGGAAAAAUGUUACAAUUCUCAAGAAUGAUGUUAAAAGAAUACUCAAUCGUAGUAGUAGUAGUAGCUUAUCCUGCCACACCUUUAGUUUCAUCUAGAGUAAGGUUUUGUGUAUCUGCUUCACAUACUAAAGAAGAUUUAGAUAAGGUUUUGAUUGCUUGUGAUGAGAUUGGAGAAAGAUUGGGAUUGAAGAUGUCU